AUGAGUAAUCAACAGGCCACAGUAAAUGAACAACCUAGUAGCCAAAUCAAUCGUAGUAAGCAGGUGCCAUUUGGCUUAUUGCACCCUAUCUUGAUUCCCCAACUUGCCAAAGAUAGAGCAAUGCAACUUACAACAUUAUUUAACAAAUUGAAGAAAGAUGAAAUACCCAAAGAUCAUUUUGUACGGCUUAUGAAAGGGAUUGUGGGGGAUCAGAUGCUUAGAAUAGCAUUGACGAAAGUGCAACAACAAACAAAAGCCAACGCAGGUUCUUCUGGACAGCAGCACCCUGUAAGGAUGCCAACGGUUACUUCCAGUGGAACAAAAUUUAAUGAUCCCCAUGCAUUAGCACAACUGCAUCAGAGAAGUAUGAAUCCUGCUGCAGACCAUUCUCAUAAUACUUCUUCAGCUAUCCAAGUGAAGAGUGAACCGACCUAUUCAACUAUGGACAUUGGUGCUAAAAAGUCUCUGGAACAUGAUGUUCGAGUUGUUCAACCAAAUCAAUUACCAUCAUCAGGUUCUAAUGCCGUCAGUCAAGAAACUGAAAGAUCCUCAGUUCACAUACAAGGCCUUAAUAAGCAGCAACAGCAGCAUAUACAUUUCCCAUCGACAUAUGGAAGCAGUGGUGGUAACUAUAACCAUUUUUCCGGGACAGCUACUGGUUCGUCAUCUCUCAGACCACAACCUCAUCCUCAUGAUUCACACAUAAGGCAAAUUCCUCAUCAGAAUAUUGGUUUAAAUCACUUGGGUGUAGAACGACAAAGUUCUUUCACUGAUCCUAAGAGAAUGCCAGGUGGAUCUGUGUCGACUGGUGUAAACAAUACAGCACCACAACAAACUUCAACUUCUUGGCAACCUUCAGCAGAACAAAAUUCUGGCUUGUUUUCAUCUGUUUCAUAUGUAAAAAAGGAACCUAACGACCUUUCUAUUGAGCAGCAACAUGAUAAAAGCAUCAAUUUGGCAGAAGAUGGCAGGGAGAGCUAUAAUCUUGAUAUUAAGAUUGAUCAAGGGACUGUUGGCACAUCUCAACAAGCUGAAAGUGGAUUGCCAGAUGCAUUUGACAUAUCUCUGUCUCACUUUGCUCUCGUUUUAGCACUUGAAAAUGAAUCUGGUGGUAUCCAAGAAAUUGUACUGGAGGUUGACAUCCGUCUAACAUUUAAUUUGAGAACUACUGGGAUGAAAUUGACAGUCGAGCUUUCUCGUUUAUUAAUCCUCUCACAAGUUAUCCACGAGAGAGUGGAAAAAGAAAUGAUAAUUCCUCAUUUUUCUUCUGUGACAUCAAAAGGUUUGGCAUCUCACCUUGCAUCAGCAGAUCCUUUUUCAGGAUUUCCAAACUUCAGUGAAUUGAACUCAGAUAUUGAUGCAAGUUCUUCAAGAGACCCUACUCCUGUUCAAUUAAGUCGGCAGAACCAAAUUUUACAAAAUUUAAGAGCUUCUAUAUCACUAGAGAAGCCGGAUAAUGAUUCGUUGCAUUUUUUCGGGUAUUGGUUUGGUGUUGGGCGUCUCUCAGGUUUCGAUAUGACUCUUUCUGUAUAUGAAAUCCAGACGAUUUCCUCAAUGGCCUCCUCAUUUUCUGGGACAUCCAGCCACAACACAACAGAAGCUUGA